CCGGCUCGCUGUCGCAGCAUCAUCUCUGCUGGCUAAAGCUAUACCAUUAAAAACACAUACUAAAAAAAGUCUCAUAUGGUUGAAAAUAUUUGUCUAAACCGGUUUAUAAUGUGAUAAAAAUCCUCCACACGCCUGAGAGCCUCUUCCUGCUGUGGAUGAACACGUCGUAUUGUUGCAUGUUCCUGUUGAAUUUUUAAGGAGAAAACUGGAAAUCACACCGGCAGCAUCCACCUUUUACUCCUGGACAUUGAGAACUACAACCAGAUGAGGCUAACUUCCUGCCUAUCAACAGCUCUCACAGUGGAUCUCACCUGUCACACCUGUGCACCAUACUGGGCUCCAGUAGCCCAUCCAUGCCUGUGAUUCCCAUCCCACGACGGGUGCGCAGCUUCCAUGGCCCCCACACCACCUGCAUGCACUCGGCCUGCGGGUCGAUGCACACAUCCAAACUUGUGCGCACCAAGUACAACAACUUUGACCUCUACUUGCGCUCACGCUGCAUGUACAGCUUCCUCCGCUUCCUCCUCUACUUCGGCUGCAGUCUACUGACUUCGCUGCUUUGGGUGUCGCUCUCUGCCCUCUUCUUCCUGCAGUACAUCAGUGUGCGUGUACUCCUGAGGCUGCAGUACAAGCUGUCUGUCAUUUUGCUUCUGUUGGGACACCGGCGCCUGGACUUUGGUGUGCUCAAUGACUUGAUCAUUUACAGCAUGCAGAUCACCAUGUUUCUUGUGGGUGGGCUUGGCUGGUGCUUUAUGGUGUUUGUGGACAUGUAGCUAUAGUGUGAGGAAUAUGUUGAAUAUAGAUUAUCAUUACUUCAGUGCUGUGUGAUGCUACGGAAUCACACGCACCUGUAGCAUGUCCUGUUGCACUUUUCUGUCGCUCAGCUUUUGCGACAAACACCUUUUUUUAAAUCAGUUUAUUAGAUGUUAAUGGUUUACUUCCAAGAAGAUAAAAUCAGGUCAGAAUCUGCCUCUCAUCAAUGUGAUCCAUAUAACAUGAUGUGUGGUAUAAAAAUACAAGUUCACAAUCCUUCAAAAAUAGUAAUACAUUUUCAAAAACUAGUAUAAAAAGUAAUGUACUUUGGAUGUGACAAAACUUGAAUCAUAAAGGGACCAAUUGAAACAAAAUCUGUUAUAUUUAUAUUGUAUUUCAUGCUAUUUGUGAACCAUUUCUACAGAUUUUAAGUGGUGUCUUGUCAAGCUGUCAAGAAACUAGGAUUUUGUUUACUGUAAUGGGAAAUCUGAAUGUCAAUGGUGCAUGGAAAACUGAUAUUACUGAUGUGCAUCACAACUCUGAUGCAAGGCAAAUCAUUUGUGCCCACACAAUAUGAGCUGGAGCUCUAAAAUGAUCCCAACAUUGUUCUGAUUACAUUGUGUGAACGCAUGAUCAUGUAAAUAUAUAUAUUUACAUCAGAAAUUAAGUGAUUUAUGCAGUGAGUUAUGAAAUGACCAAAACAAGCUAACAACAAAUGUAUAUAAGGUGCUUUUGUUUGGAUAGUGGGGCAAAGUAGGGGAAAGGGAUUUGUAUAGCCCAAGUGACACACAUUGACAAUUUUUGUAAAGUGAUUAAAGAAAACACUCACUGCUUUAAAAUGCAUGGCCAAGUGAAUGUGUUUACUGUACAAACCACCCAAGAUGGCAUGCCUCGAGCUGUGUCAUAAGAGUGUGUGACAGUUCAACUUGAGAACUGCUCUGGGUCAAGUGUUCCAUCAGUCGCUCUUCACAUGGUUUCAGAGUUGCUCUGACAGACUUCUCUGUUUAGCUUCCUCCUGCACACAAACACCAGCCACAACUAGACCCCACUGUUUCUGCCAAGUAUAACAAUGGACAUGGCUGUGUCCCAAUCACCUUAUAUAGCCUCAUUUUCGUUAGGCAUGAAUUACGCUUACAGGAGCAAAUGAGGGCCUGUUUUAACACUAAACUGUGAGGAUCUGAACUAUUAUAAUUGUUGAGAUAUGCAAGUUUUAGGGUAAAAUUUCCAAGUUUAUCUUGAAAAGUACAAUAAAUUAAGCAAAAGAAGCUGGGAACUACCAAAAUGCAAACUUCAAUUGUGAACUUUUGACACUGUAGCUGGUGGGCUGACCAAGACAUGCUUGGGACCUGUAUAGCCUCAGGCUGUAAAUGGAUAAUCGGGGCAACAAUAAGCUUUUGUUCUGAGGAUAAACACAUCAUAUGCCUCAUAUUCUCAGCCUGGGCUGAUCUGACUGCCCACUUAGACCAGAGAGAAUAUGAACUGUCUUGUGAUGUCAAUAUAGUGCUUUAGGUACGCUUGACAAGCUUCAUUGCAUAUUUUCAUUUCUUCUUUUCUGCUUGAAAAGCUGAAGUUAUUUUGCUUAGUCUGAAUGACUUGCCAGUUUCAUUAAUCAACAUUUGCACUAGCUUACCUUAAGUUCAGAUCUUCAACUUUUCACCCCACGUGUAGCCAUAUCAUUUGCUAAAAUUAAUCAGUUAAGCUGUUGCAAGACUAUCAACUGUUGGAACUAACAUCAGCUGUUCUCAACUUUUACUGAGCACACCAGAGGAAAAAAAAAAAACAAAUUAGAGUUUUAUGUAAUUACACUAAUGAUGUGCACUUACAUAUUACCAAUGUCACGAACAGAAUCAUAAUCAUUAUUUAUUUAAUUUUCUUAUGUUUCUUUAUUGCAUAAUUUUUUUGUUCAGCUUACUCUGCCUUGCACAACUUUCCUCUUAGGCUGAAUGUUUUACAGUUUUCUUAAGCUCUCCUAUGCCAGAUCAUUUUCACAAUAAA